AUGGCUGCCCCGAGGUGUAAGGUGGUCUACAAAAAGAAAGAUGGCAUCAUCACCAUCACCGACGACCAGGCUUCCGUCACCUGGACCCCUCUGCCUGGCACUGGCACUCUGACCGUCUCUCUGUCCAUCUUCAACAUCACAAAUCUUCAGAAGACUCCGGACAGUGCUCCUAAGGUGAUGCUAAAGAUAUUUGUGAAGGACCCAAAUACGGGCGGCGACCCGGUGCCUUAUACUUUCCACUUCAAUUCUCCAGAUGAUCCCAGGGCCGAGGCCAAUGUGAUCAAGGACAUCUUGUCCAGGCUGAUCACUGAGGUCCGCAAUACCGAUCCUUCGGUGCCAAAGCCUGCUACUCCGGCUCCAACCAACGGCGCGCCUGUCAACGCUCCGGAUCCCAAGGCGACUGCCGCUUACCUUUUCGAUGACAACCACCUGAAACUGGACAUCGAACUGCAGCAGGCCCUGCUGAGGAAGGAUGGCGAGCUGCACAAGACCUACAUGGAUGCCAGAGCAACCAAGCCGGAUAGCAUCGGCGACGCCGCCUUCAACAACCAGUUCUGGUCCACCCGCACCAACCUUCUCCGCGCUUUCGCUAUCGACGUCAAUCAGAAGCGAGGCUCUUACAACAUCUUGCCCACUUUCAAGACCAAGACCAUACAGGAUGCCGAGACGGGCCAGGAGAGGGUGGAACUCAAUCUUCACCAGGCUGAGAUCCUCCAGAUCUUCAACCAGCAUCCAAUAGUCAAGAGGGCAUACAACGAGAACGUCCCCAAGCUGAACGACGGCGAGUUCUGGUCCAGGUUCUUCCUGUCCAGACUUUGCAAGCAGCUCAAAGGCGAGCGAGUGUCGGACACGGACAGGCGCGACCCUGUCUUUGACAAAUAUGAUGCCUCCGAGGACCGCAGUGCGUAUACGAGCAAGAUCCUAGCGGCACAUGUCCCUCACAUCAUUGAUGUCGAGGGGAACGAGGAGAACACGGGCAGUGUCAAGAGCGGCAACCGCAAGGACAUCGAGAUGCAGCCCAAGAGGAACAUACCCAUCAUCCAGGUUCUGAACGCGACCAGCGAGAAGCUCCUCUCCAAUGUGGCCCCGACAGAUGGAGGCCCAGGGGACGCGCCGGCUGCCGAGGACACAACGUGGCGGGAGCUGGCGCUCCGUGACCUGAGAGCGGACAAUGAAGAGAACAGGAUCAUUCUCAAAGUCAAGGAACAAGGCCGUUUUUUCGCAGAGCACAACCCGUCCACCUCUGUCAAUGACAUGGUUUAUGAGAAACAGGUGCCCUCGGUUGUCAUAGCGCAAGUCUCCUCGGACAUUGAUCUCUUACAGGGAGAUCCAUCUGGCGGAGUUGAUCUGCAUGGAAGCAUCGGCAUAGAUGAGGACAGCGAUAGCGAUGAUGAGACGCCCAAAAGCUCACACGUAGGAUCGCGGGCAGCAAGAAAAGCAGCGCAGAAGCAGGUGCUCACGGGAUUGGCCCAGAGCCGGGCGGAGCAGUACGGUCACAGUUCGGACGAGAACACACCUAUGGGAAUACCAAAAGACCUCAAGGACAAGUGCAAACUCACGAAUGCGACCACUAAUGAGUUUCUGAAGCAGUUCUGGAACGCAUUCCUGUCGGGAGACCCAGACCGGGCCCAAGAGCUGGGAUAUCACGUGGACUCGCUGAGGAGGUCAAUGACGCGCAUCACAGCAAUAGCGGACGAGGCUGAGCAACUGAGGAACAAGCUGAUCGAAGAGGAGAGGAAGAAGAUCAGGGAACACUACCAGAAAACUCGAAUCAAGCAACGUUUCAAGGCGGACUCGGUCGGCGGUGGCCGGGCUGCUGUCAUGACGCUACUAGGCCCGUCCAUGGCAGCUCUGGCGAAAGCGGAGAGCCUAUACAAGGCAGCACUAGAACAAGAGGGCAUCACCUUAUCAACGGAGAACGACUGA